UGUCAAAUUCGCUAAACAGCAAAAACGAACGCUAGGAGGUACAGAGGUAGCUCUCACUUAAACACUUGGCGAGCAGCUGAAGGAGACUAAUAGACCGGCGUUUUGAACGGCGACUGGUUUUAAAGCCACUUUUCUGGGUCUGGCUUGGAGCGCACUUCGUAGCCAGGAUGAUGUACCAAAGUUUCGGCACAGAAUACGACUCGUCUUCCCGCUGCAGCACUGCCUCUCCAGCCGGAGACAACCUUCCAUACUAUCACUCCCCUGCUGAUUCGUACUCCAGCAUGGGCUCUCCAGUCAGUAAGGCGCAGGAUUUCUCCGAUUUGUCCAUCUCCAGCGCCUCUUUCAUCCCCACUGUCACUGCCAUCUCCACGAGCCCCGAUCUGCAGUGGAUGGUGCAGCCGACCACGCUCAUCUCGUCAGUGGCACCGUCUCAUGGAACUUCGCAUCCCUAUGCACUGCAAGGAUCUAGCGCUAUCUACCCCAGGGCGGGCAUACUCAAAACACCAGGGAAUAAAGCACGAAGCACUGGCAGAAGAGGGAAGAACGAACAGCUUUCCCCAGAAGAAGAUGAAAAAAGAAGGGUCAGAAGGGAAAGGAAUAAGAUGGCUGCAGCUAAAUGUCGUAACAGGAGGAGAGAACUUACAGACACUUUACAAGCUGAAACAGACACCCUGGAAGAUGAGAAGUCCGCCCUGCAGAAUGAAAUUGCCAGCCUCAUGAAAGAAAAGGAAAAAUUAGAAUUUAUUCUGGCAGCUCAUAAACCUGUCUGCAAGAUCUCUGCAGAUCUGAAUGUUUGCUUUCCAGAGUCCAUGGUUUCUCCACAGCUGAAGAGUAUAUGUGAAGAUUCUGACUUUUAUAUCCAAAGUGCUGUUCCAGUCAGUACUGCUUCCGUGACCCCUGUGACCGCACCUUCCAAAGACUCGACUAUUUCUAGGAGUGCUGCACCUGUUGCUUCCAUGUCUACAGUACAACUGUCUGCCCUUGACGGUUCUUUGCACAUAAAAGAAGAACCCCUGGAUGAUCUGUUUACAUUCAAGAAGACAAGCUUGGAAACGGCUAGAUCAGUCCCUGAAAUGGACCUUUCCAGUUCUUUUGCUCUAGCGGACUGGGAACCACUUUAUACGUCUGUAGCAACCGACCUGGAGCCACUGUGCACUCCUGUUGUGACCUGUACGCCAUCCUGUACUACAUACACCUCCUCAUUUACAUUUAGCUAUCCAGAAACUGAAUCACUCCCAUAUUGCGGGGAGCUCCACAGGAGAGGCAGCAGCAGCAAUGAACAGUCUUCAGAUUCUCUUAGUUCUCCUACUUUGUUGGCAUUGUAAGAGAUGUAGCAAAAUGUAUUACUGAAUUGGCUGACAUUGUUUCCUUUUAAUAUACAGGGUAUGUAGUUUCUAGGACUCUGGCAGGGAAAUACCUCUAAGUAAUUUUAUUAGCUUGAUAAUAAAUAAAGUAGUAUUUUUUUUUCUGCAUAUGUAGCAAAACUUGGCAUGUUGCUGUUGUUGUUGUUAUUAUUUUGCUAAAUAUUUUAAAAGCAUAUUUAUAAGCAUGUUGAAACAUGCUUUGUUAAUAUCUGUUAGUAAAAUAUAAAUUUUUUUGGUGCUAAUUAAUUUAAAGAUGUAUUGUGCAGAUGAUCUGACAAUAUAUGUAACUGCAAUAGUGAGUUAUAUAUUUCAACAGAAACAUGUCUUUAAAUUUUAGAUUUUCUUAGUAUAAGUAAAUUUUUGUACAAUCUUCCAUGUUUAUUAUCCUAGAUUCAGAGUCAUUGUAGCCCUGGUCGUACCCACCUUUUUACUUCAUCCAUUGAGUGGUUUGAAAAUUUGUAUAAAGCAAAGUUUUCUGUGAAAACAUUUCUUUUUUUUUAUUUUAAUUAAGUUAUACAAGACUUUAAUAUUUAUAUUUUUUUAUUUUAUUUUUCUACCUUCUGAAAUGUUGGUCAGUAAACCUGCAAAAGAAGUAAUUCAGCAUUAAUUGCUCAUUGUUAUAUAGUUAAUAAAUAUAUAUAUUAAAUACA